GCCCCCACAGCUGCGCUGGCUGUCCACACCGCCAGAAGCAUGAGGGUCAGCCCCGGCACCAGCCUGGCGCUCUACGGUCUGCUGCUGCUCUGGGCCCCACGCGGCCUCGGCCUCCAGCCCAGAGGUGAGGGGCCCGUAUGGGGAGACAGGAUGGAGAGGGAGGCCCUGAGACCACACAGCCCAGGGCCUCCAGGACCCCAAGUCACUACUCUGGGGUACGGCCAGCCCCCUCUCCUCCUCUGGACCUCAGUUUACCCCUCUGUAGCCGUUACCAAUGUGGGCGAGGGGCACCUCUGCCGGACCCGGCCCACGGACCUGGUGUUUGUGGUUGACAGCUCGCGCAGUGUGCGGCCUGUGGAGUUCGAGAAGGUGAAAGUGUUCCUGUCCCAGGUCAUCGAGUCGCUGGACGUGGGGCCCAACGCCACCAGGGUGGGCCUGGUCAACUACGCCAGCGCCGUGAAGCAGGAGUUCCCGCUGCGGGCCCACGGCUCCAAGGCGGCGCUGCUGCAGGCCGUGCGCCGCAUCCAGCCGCUGUCCACAGGCACCAUGACGGGGCUGGCCAUCCAGUUCGCCAUCUCCAAGGCCUUCAGUGAUGCCGAGGGCGGCCGCACGCGGUCCCCGGACAUCAGCAAGGUGGCCAUCGUGGUGACAGACGGCAGGCCCCAGGACAGCGUGCGGGAAGUGUCUGCGCGGGCCCGGGCCGGCGGCAUCGAGGUGUUCGCCAUCGGCGUGGGCCGCGUGGACAAGGCCACGCUGCGGCAGAUCGCCAGCGAGCCACCGGACGAGCACGUGGACUACGUGGAGAGCUACAGCGUCAUCGAGAAGCUGUCCAAGAAGUUCCAGGAGGCCUUCUGCGUGGUGUCAGACCUCUGUGCCACAGGGGACCACGACUGCGAGCAGGUGUGCAUCAGCUCCCCGGGCUCCUACGCCUGUGCCUGCCGCGAGGGCUUCACCCUGAACAGUGACGGCAAGACCUGCAAUGUCUGCAGCCGUGGCGGAGGCAGCUCGGCCACCGACCUGGUCUUCCUCAUCGACGGCUCCAAGAGCGUGCGGCCGGAGAACUUUGAGCUGGUGAAGAAGUUCAUCAACCAGAUCGUGGACACGCUGGACGUGUCAGACCAGCUGGCCCAGGUGGGCCUGGUGCAGUACUCGAGCUCCGUGCGCCAGGAGUUCCCACUGGGCCGCUUCCACACCAAGAAGGAUAUCAAGGCGGCCGUGCGGAACAUGUCCUACAUGGAGAAGGGCACCAUGACUGGGGCCGCCCUUGAGUAUAUGGUCGACAACUCCUUCUCCGCGUCCAGUGGGGCAAGGCCCGGUGCCCAGAAGGUGGGCAUUGUCUUCACCGAUGGCCGGAGCCAGGACUAUAUCAACGAUGCCGCCAAGAAAGCCAAGGACCUCGGCUUCAAGAUGUUUGCAGUGGGCGUGGGCAACGCUGUGGAGGACGAGCUCAGAGAGAUCGCCUCGGAGCCCGUGGCCGAGCACUACUUCUACACGGCCGACUUCAAGACUAUCAGCCAGAUCGGCAAGAAGUUGCAGGAGAAGAUCUGUGUGGAGGAAGACCCAUGUGCCUGUGAGUCCCUUGUGAAGUUCCAGGCCACAGUGGAGGGGCUGCUGCAGGCUCUGACCCGGAAGCUGGAAGCCGUGAGCAAGCGGCUGGCUGUCCUGGAGAACAGGGUCGUCUGAGCCGCCCCGCAUGGCCCCGCCACCUCCCCACCCGAGUGUGGCUGUGUGUGUCACCAUUGUUAAGUCCAGC